CCAGUAUGAUAAUUACUUAUCCUGUCAAUCCAACGUGUUGUUCCUGAGUCCUGGGCCCCUUAGUCCGCAGUAGUCCGUCAUGGGACUGGUCAGAUGAGGGCCCCGGAGCCUGCGGUACAGUGUGGAGAUUAACUGAGUAAUGAUCUGGAGAAACGCUGUGCAAUAUAUUGCAUGUGGAAGAAGGAAUCUCUUUCAGCUCCUGAGUACUGUACGUAGAGAACCAAUGAAGUACAUACUGGUGACUGGUGGUGUCAUCUCUGGCAUCGGAAAAGGAAUUAUCGCCAGCAGCAUUGGUACCAUCCUGAAGUCUUGUGGGCUUCAAGUGACCGCCAUUAAAAUUGACCCGUACAUCAAUAUUGAUGCCGGGACGUUUUCGCCUUAUGAGCAUGGUGAAGUCUUUGUGCUGGAUGAUGGAGGGGAGGUGGACUUGGAUUUGGGAAAUUAUGAGAGAUUCUUGGACAUUAGUCUGUAUAAGGACAACAAUAUUACUACUGGAAAGAUCUAUCAGCAUGUGAUUAACAAGGAGCGGCAAGGAGACUACCUGGGGAAAACUGUGCAAGUGGUCCCACAUAUUACUGAUGCCAUUCAGGAAUGGGUAAUGAAUCAGGCCACUGUUCCAGUGGAUAUGGACCAUCAGGAGCCACAGAUCUGUGUCAUUGAGCUCGGUGGAACCAUUGGAGACAUUGAGGGAAUGGCUUUCAUAGAAGCUUUUAGGCAGUUCCAGUUCAAGGCCAAGAGGGAGAACUUCUGCAACAUACAUGUCAGCCUUGUACCUCAGCCGACAGCUACUGGGGAACAAAAGACAAAACCAACACAGAACAGCGUCCGAGCACUCCGGGGCCUGGGCUUAUCUCCAGAUUUGAUUGUGUGUAGGAGUACCAAACCCAUAGAAAUGGCUGUAAAACAGAAGAUUUCAAUGUUUUGUCAUGUGGAACCAGAACAGGUCAUAUUCAUCCAUGAUGUGUCCUCAACAUAUCGUGUACCCAUUUUAUUAGAGGAACAAGGAAUUAUCACAUAUUUUAAACACAGACUGAACCUUCCUGUGGAUGAUAAACCUACUGUGCAGCUUCUGAAAUGGAAGAGAAUGGCUGACAGGUAUGAACGACUGCGGCAGACCUGCUCAAUAGCUCUGGUCGGAAAAUAUACCAAACUGAGUGAUUGUUACACCUCUGUCUUCAAGGCUCUAGAACACUCUGCUCUGGCCAUCAAUCAUAAGCUGAAUUUAAUGUAUAUAGAUUCUGCGGAACUAGAACCUUUAACCAAAAAAGAAGAUCCUGUAAAAUACCAUAAGGCUUGGGAAAAGCUGUGCAAAGCUCAAUAUAUAUUUUCCUGUAGAAGCGCCUGUGGCUCUGCCAUGUGCAUGAACGUAAAGGUUCUAAUGCUGCAUGAUAUGCAAGUAGUAGUUUCUUCUAAUGCACCUGUGGGUAUAAUAGUUCCUGGCGGAUUUGGAUCACGAGGAACCGAAGGAAAGCUUCAAGCAAUUACCUGGGCAAGAGAAAGAAAGAUUCCCUUCCUAGGGGUAUGCUUGGGGAUGCAGAUGGCUGUGGUGGAAUUUGCAAGAAAUUGUUUAAACUGGAAAGAUGCAAACUCUACAGAAUUUGACCCAAACACAAAGAAUCCAGUGGUGAUUGAUAUGCCUGAACACAACCCAGGAGUCAUGGGAGGAACAAUGCGCCUAGGGAAGAGGAAGACAGUAUUUACAACAAAUGACUCCACCCUAAAAAAGCUUUAUGAGAAUGUGGAUUUUGUAGAAGAGCGGCACCGGCAUCGCUAUGAGGUAAAUCCAGAACUCAUUCCACAUUUUGAAGAAAAAGGUUUGACGUUUGUUGGCCAUGACACCGAGGGACAGAGAAUGGAGAUCAUUGAACUUCAGGAUCAUCCAUACUUUGUUGGUGUACAGUUUCAUCCAGAGUUCUCAUCCAGACCUAUGAAGCCUUCUCCUCCUUAUCUUGGGCUAAUGUUGGCUGCCUCUGGAAAACUAUCUACAUACAUACAGAAUGGCUGUAAAUUGACUCCCAGGGAUAGUUACAGUGACGUCAGCGAAGAAAGCUCCUCAGAUAAUUGACUGUAUUCACUAAAUCGAGAGGCUUAACUAUCAGACUAAAAGCUCUCGAGAGACGUAAAAGAAACAGAAUCAUUCACCCGAACUGAACCUCAACCUGCGACCCUCAGCUUCAAGAACACAUCAAGGAAUCAGAAUAAUGAAGAUCCAAGUGUCCUUUUUUCUUUAUUUUGUGAAAUUGUUUAAGGCAAAUCCAGUGUUCUUUUUAGGGUAGGUUCACACGGUCGUAACUCUUCACUUUACCCUAAAAGUUCGCAAUAGUGGAAGAUUUGCAAUUACGGACGGAUCUGUUGAAGUGAAUGGUAGCGUUACCCACUGUGAGUUACAAACGUGUGAACAUACCCUUAGGCUUGGUUAGCAUGCUGCAAUUUUUAUAGCAUUUUAAAGGUCAGGACAAAAACACAACAACAAUUGAGUAUAACUCAAUAUAAACAAUUGUUAGUACUUAUUCACUCAUAACAAGUUGCACUUUUUAAGAAAGGUCUAUGUUUUAUUGUCCAUAUGUAGCAAAGCUCAGCACGUGUCAGAAAGGUCCUCAUUGUUAGGGCUGCCAUGUUUAUAAAGAGCCACCAUGUCAGAUCAUACUUGAGGGGGUAGGGUAGAGAUUUCAAGUUGUGCCUGGAAUAGUUCUCUAGAUAUGUUUUUCAGAUAUACACUGCUCCAAAAAAAUAAAGGGAACACUAAGAUAACACAUCCUAGAUCUGAAUGAAUGAACUAAUCGUAUGAAAUACUUUCGUCUUUACAUAGUUGAAUGUGCUGACAACAAAAUCACAUAAAAAUGAUACAUUGAAAUCAAAUUUAUCAACCCAUGGAGGUCUGGAUAUGGAGUCACACUCAAAAUCAAAGUAGAAAACCACACUACAGGCUGAUCCAACUUUGAUGUAAUGUCCUUAAAACAAGUCAAAAUGAGGCUCAGUAGUGUGUGUGGCCUCCACGUGCCCAUAUGACCUCCCUACAAUGCCUGGGCAUGCUCCUGAUGAGGAGGCGGAUGGUCUCCUGAGGGAUGUCCUCCCAGACCUGGACUAAAGCAUCCUCCAACUCCUGAGACAAAUUGUCCCAGAUGUGCUCAAUCGGAUUCAGGUCUGGGGAACGGACGGGCCAGUCCAUAGCAUCAAUGGCUUCCUUUUGCACGAACUGCUGACACACUCCAGCCACAUGAGGUCUAGCAUUGUCUUGCAUUAAGUGGAGCCCAGGGCCAACCGCACCAGCAUAUGGUCUCACAAAGGGGUCUGAGGAUCUCAUCUCGUUAUGUAAUGGCAGUCAGGCUACCUCUGGCAAGCGCAUGUAGGGCUGUGCGGCCUCCCAAAGAAAUGCCACCCCACACCAUUACUGAACCACCGCCAAACCGGUCAUGCUGGAGGAUGUUGCAGGCAGUAGAACGUUCUCCACGGCAUCUCCAGACUCACGUCUGUCACAUGUGCUCAGUGUGAACCUGCUUAGUUUCAUCUGUGAAGAACACAGGGUGCCAAUGGUGAAUUAACCAAUCUUGGUUUUCUCUGGCAAAUGCCAAACAUCCUGCUAGGUUUUGGACUGUAAGCACAACCCCCACCUGUGGACAUUGGGCCCUCAUGACCAUUUGAGUGGACACAUGCACAUUUGUGGUCUGCUGGAGGUCAUUUUGCAGGGCUCUGGCAGUGCUCCUCCUUGCACAAAGGCGGAGGUAGCAGUCCUGCUGCUGGGUUGUUUCUCUCCUACGGCCUCCUCCACAUCUCCUGAUGUACUGGCCUCUCUCCUGGUAGCGCCUCUAACACCACUAAGUGUUCCCAUAAUUUUUUUGAGCAGUGUAUAAAGAAUACAUAGAAAACUCACCAUUAAAGGGGUGCACCUUUGGAUAGGGGAUAGGAUGUCUAGUACCCGUUUAAAUAGAAGUCUUUGACUCUUCCUCUCCUUUUUCAGUGAUUUCUUAGUUCUAUCUAUUUCUGGAUGGCAGGCCAGUAUGCCUGUCAUUCCUGCUUUAUCACUGAACCUUUGUGGCGCAUAACUAAGCACAUAAGCUGUUCCGGAGUCUUGGAAGCCAGGCGACAACCCCUGUAGGAGCCGUAAUGACAGUCGUUCUAGUUGUCACCCAGCAUUCCCACAAACUGAUAUAUUUGAAGAGUCACUGCAUAGAUGUUUAAACAUCUUGGCAGCAGAGGACACAUCAAUGACUUAUUUACCAAAGAUUUAUAUAUAUAUAUAUAUAUA